AUGGGCGGCUCAGGCCAGCCGUACCUUUACGAAGCUGCUUCAGCAAGAAACUCGGCCGCAUUUCCAUUCAACGACUUCAAUCCAAGAGCAGCUACACAGGCCCAUUACCAGGCCCAAGCAGAUCGCGCAGAGCGACACAAAUAUAGGCAAUCACAACAAGGUCAACCGCUCAUCAAACAAAUCAAUUUCAAUGCCCAUCCCGACAGCUACCUGCCGGUUCAGGUCCAGCCGAAGGAACAUGUGGACAUCUCGCCGAACACCAAGCGAAAUGUCGUAUGGACAAGAUGGUCGCAGUUGGCUUUAAGAGUGGUGCAAGAGAUCGGCGCAUUGGGGAUCCUGCCGGCAUGGGACGCGCUCGUCACAAUCUAUGCGAUAUACCACCUGGCGCGACCCGCCAAAGGUCGCACACCUGGAACCAGUGCCAGCUACCAUUUCUUCGCGCUCUUCAUGGAUACCGGUCUCGUCCCCUUCUUCGUCCUGAUCGCUCUGUUCACUCGACAAAAUUGGACACCAAACCCUGACUUGGAACUUCGCUGGACGAGCUUCUUCAAGACCGAAAAGGCCACCGAGAUGAUGAUUCAUGUCUUAUUUUAUGGCAGUAUCGGUAUGGGCGGACUGCAUCUCCUUAGUAUGGGCAUAGACAUCUACCUUAUCGCGAUGUUCCGCAAGAUUGGCAAUAUGCCUCCAGACAUGAACCCGCUCGAGGACAAUCUCACAGGAAGCCUGCGCCAAUCAUCCCGCCACAAGUACAAGAACUCGGAAGCAACGUUCUCAUCCCUCUCCACGGAUGAUCUCGAUGAGAAGAAGCCCGGGUAUCUCAGCGGGAGCACUCUGUCCCUCGACAAAGGUCCUCAAGCUAGGGUCAUUCCCUUUGGCCACAGCAGGAUGGACUCCAACGACGAGUUUUCGCCACACAAUCCGAAUUCUGCUCGCUUGUCGCGUCAACAGUACGAAGAUUUCAGCCUGUACCAAGGACCACAGUCAGCUCGCGACUCCCGUCACGAUAUCGGCUCAGUUCCGAGUCCGACUUUGGCACGAUCCUCUUCGCCGUACCAGCUGCGUGAUACUCCGAAUCGCCACACUACUGCGCCAACGAACGCCAAUGUGAAGUCACAGCAAAGAGAGGGACUCUUGAACGACAACUGGUACGCACAGGAGGAACAGAUGGAUUCCGACUUGGGAACACCACGUUCUCGCAGAGGGCCCGAUCCAUCACAAUAUCCCGAGCCAACUCUACCGAACGUCGAGAUCUUCCAGCCCCUCCAAUUGAAGCCAUUGACCGGAAAUCCGCUGACGCCACCGCUCGAGGAGGAAUUCGCCGAAGCGUACCGUGACGUGCCAGGCGCAUACGACACGAUGGAGAAAGGAGUCGCACGUACGAUGACCGUCGCCUCCAACACCACCAAUGCCUCUUCAGUCUACUCUGAGAGCGCGCCAGCUCUCAGCAUGAUCGGACGACCUGCCAUAGAAACUCCCAAGAGCAAGCAUUACGGAGACCUCGCAUCGGCCACCCGUGGAGUACGUGGAGCAGCUCCGGCGCCACAGAUCAACUUACGGCCAGCCCGCGAGCGUCCACCGCAGAUGGACACCUACGGAGUUCCAACACCCGUGUCGUCGCGGACCCCGAGCCCGCAGAAGAACAGCCCAAGAGUUGUCAGUCGCACUGGCGCUGAUAUCACGGACGGGCACGUUCAACCUGCGGGCAAAGGGUACGGUAUGCGCGAUCGUCGAGAUCAUCCCGGCGACACCACACCUCCAAAAGUUCGUGCAAGUCGCACGGUGGCUAUUGCGACGCACCGAGAGGCGUUUCAGAGAGCUGUGGUGCAGCACGGAGGCAGCGAACGAGGCCUUGUCUGGGCCGUGAGUACACCGCCUGGCGGAGAGGUCAAGAUGCCGGAGAUGCAACAGCAGCAGCAGCGCAGCAACUUCCUCCUCGCCGCCGCGACCACCAACAAUGCCGCCGCCCACGCACCCACGAGCUCCGACGAACCGGAGUCAAUACCGCCCUGGGUCCACAUCAACGAGCAAGACGAACAAGCGCCUUUCCUUUCCCCCGCCCCAGUCGUGCCCAACUCGCGACACUACAAACCACCACAAGGCAAUUACAAACCCGGUCGCAAACUCGAUCAAUUCCGCAAUGCCGAACCGGGACUCCUUUCGACCCGUAUCGAUCAACAUCAGCAACGAUGGAUACCCUUUAUGCAGUCCUCGCCUAUGCCGCAUGAACAUCGCGAUAUCAGAAUCAUAAGAAGUCCGCAGUGGAUGGAAGAGAACGUGCCGAUAUCGAGUCGAAAGUGGGAGCCCGAAGACGAGAUUAGUCCCGAGACGAAUCGUAGGCUGGGAGGGUUGAAGGGAUUUAUGUUCAGGGGCAAGUGGCUUAUAAGUCCGGAGAGGCAGGAGAAGACUGUGAAGUUGUACUGGCGACUUCUACUCAAAAACGCGUUCGUGCCGUUGGUAUUCCGAAUAACAGUGCUGGCCUUUUCAUGCGCAGCCCUUGGAGUCGCUGGAACGAUAUUACACGCCGUCAACAAAGUCAACGGCGACAACGAUAUCAACAACCAAUGCGCUCCUCGCGCAUCAACAUACAUGGGCAUCAUCGUCAGCGCCAUCGCAGUACCAUAUGUGGGCUACGUGACAUGGGAUGAGUACCUGAGCAAGCCCCUCGGCCUUCGCUCCGUCGCCGCUAAGACCGCCCUCCUCCUCUGCGACCUCUACUUCAUCGUCUUCUCCGCGAGCAACCUCUCCCUAGCCUUCAGCGCCCUCGAAGACGACAGCUGGGCCUGCUUCGACGCCAACUACCAAACCGUCGGCGACGUUCAAAUCCAAGUUCCGCGGACCUGUCCGAACAACUCAAAACGAUCGAUCCACCGAUUCGCUCAUCCACUGCCGACCAUCCUCUUGACCUUCUCCAACAGCACAUUGCUCUCCCUCCCCAGCUUCCUCUGUCCGUUCGGCCCUCCAGUUCUCGCCUUCGCCAUAGCUUUCCUGAACCGUUCUCGCUCCUCGAUUUUCGCUUGCCGCUCCUUCUCCGCCGCCUCUCUCGCGAUCCUCCACUCUUCCAUCUGUGCCUUCCGCUGCUGCGCCUGAUCAUGCUCUUUCCUGAAUGGCAUAGGCUUAGGUUUCCUCUCCCUCCUCUGUCUCGGCUCACGAAAUGUCUUCUGUUGCUCCACCUCCGGCUCCUCCGCUUCCUUGUCCAUCAAGUUCUGCCGAUCUGGAUGCGGUGCGACUGUAGGCUCUUCUUCCUGCUCUGCCUCAUCGUCUUCUUUCACGUCUAACGCCAUAGACGCA